CCGCUCACCCGCGGUGGCUCAGACCAUUGGCUCUGUCUCUCUAUAUAUAUCCUAUGAUGAUGAUGAUAGCAGCAGCAGCAGCAGCAGGGCUCAGCUUUUCCAGCGACUUCUAACCAGGGGAGGGGAGAGAAGAGAGAGAGGGGGGAGGAAAAAAAAAGAGAGAGAGAGAGAGAGAGGAAAAACACCACCCUUGUCUCUCUGUGUGUCCUCUUCUGUCGCCAUAUUCUCCAUGCAGAUCUCCCGCAGGCCCAAGGAGGCCCCUUGCCUAGGACAGCAAGAAACUUCUCCUUGAAGCACACACCUAUAUCUAGUAUCUAUCUCUCUCCAAGCCAGAAGGGGUCUACCCAGCUGAUCCAAGAUGACUAACAUCUCCUACCACAUCUCCAACCUCCUGGAGAAGAUGACAUCCACAGACAAGGAUUUCAGGUUUAUGGCUACCAAUGAUUUAAUGAUGGAAUUGCAGAAAGAUUCCAUAAAGCUUGAUGAAGACAGUGAGAAGAAAGUUGUGAAAAUGCUUCUGAAACUGCUGGAGGACAAAAAUGGGGAGGUGCAGAAUCUGGCUGUCAAAUGUUUGGGCCCUUUGGUGAGCAAAGUGAAAGAAUAUCAGGUGGAAACAAUUGUUGAUACACUCUGUACGAACAUGUUAUCAGAUAAGGAACAACUCCGGGAUAUCUCCAGUAUUGGACUGAAGACAGUAAUUUCUGAGUUGCCUCCUCCAUCUACAGGUUCCACCAUGACAUCCAAUGUGUGUAAAAAAAUCACAGCCCAACUGACCGGAGCCAUUGGGAAGCAAGAAGAUGUAUCUGUGCAGCUUGAAGCUCUUGACAUCCUGUCAGAUAUUUUGAGCAGGUUAGGGGGGACCCUGUACUCCUUCCAUUCCUCCAUCCUGAAUUGCCUCCUUCCUCAGCUGACAAGUCCCAGGUUGGCUGUGCGCAAAAGGGCCAUCAUUGCCCUCGGCCACCUCGUUUUGACUUGCAAUGGGAACAUCUUUGCAGAGCUUAUGGAGCACCUCUUGGCCGAGCUGAAAAGAAACAACUCUACGUCUACCACAAGGACAUAUAUACAGUGUAUUGCUGGCAUCAGCAGGCAGGCUGGACACCGUAUAGGAGACUAUCUGGAGAAGAUGAUCCCACUAAUAGUUCAAUACUGCAAUGUCGAGGACGAUGAGCUGAGGGAAUAUUGCUUUCAGGCUUUUGAGUCCUUUGUCAGAAGGUGUCCAAAGGAAAUUGGCCCUCACCUUCCCAGCAUAACGGGGUUGUGCCUCAAGUAUAUCACUUAUGAUCCAAACUACAACUACGAUAAUGAAGAAGAGGAUGAAGAAGAAAUGAUGGAAACUGAAAAUGGAGAGGAGGAGGAACAAGACAGUGAUGAUGAAUAUAGUGACGAUGAUGAUAUUAGCUGGAAAGUUCGCAGGUCUGCAGCCAAGUGCCUUGAGGCGAUUGUCAGCACAAGACAUGACUUGCUGCAAGAUUUCUACAAAACACUGUCACCAGCAUUAAUAGGCAGGUUCAAGGAGAGAGAGGAAAAUGUUAAAGCAGAUAUCUUUUGCGCAUAUAUAUCUUUGCUGAAGCAGACGCUGCCUAUUCAGAGCUGGCUGCACACUUCAGAUGACGUAGGCAAAGAUGAUAUACCACUCACUAUGCUCCAGAACCAGGUUCCACAUAUCGUGAAGGCCUUGCACAAGCAACUGAAAGAGAAGAGUGUCAAGUCAAGACAAGGAUGCUUCACUCUCCUGACAGAGCUGGCUAACGUUCUCCCUGGUUGUCUUGCAGACCACAUACCUGCACUAGUGCCUGGUAUUGUUUUCUCCUUGACGGACAAAUCCAGCUCCUCCAACAUGAAGAUCGACACGCUGUCUUUCCUCCACGUUGUCCUCUGCAACCACUCCCGAGAGGUGUUCCACCCCCACAUUAAGGCCCUGCUUCCACCGGUUGUGACUUGCAUAGGAGAUCCCUUUUACAAAAUAACCUCUGAAGCCCUGCUAGUCACUCAGCAGCUUGUGAAGGUGAUUCGGCCUCUGGAUGUCCAUUGUUCAUUUGAUGCCAAACCUUAUGUGAGAGACCUGUUCUGUGCUACUCUGAAGAGACUGAAAGCUGCUGACAUCGACCAGGAGGUGAAGGAAAGGGCAAUUUCUUGCAUGGGACAGAUUGUCUGUAACCUCGGAGACUACCUAAGCAGUGACCUCCAGCCGACCUUGAAGAUUUUUCUGGAGAGGUUGAAAAACGAAAUAACGAGACUCACCACAGUCAAAGCACUUACUUUAAUUGCUAGUUCUCCUCUCAAAAUUGACUUGCGGCCCAUUUUGGCAGAAGGGUUCCCCAUUUUGGCAUCCUUCUUGCGUAAGAAUCAACGUGCCUUGAAACUCAGCACCUUGACCGCUCUGGACAUCUUGAUCAAGAACUACAGUGAUAGCCUGAAGCCAGCCAUGAUUGAGUGUGUUCUCAUGGAGCUUCCUGAUUUGAUCAGUGAGAACGACAUGCAUGUUUCCCAGGUGGCCAUCACGUUCCUUACCACUUUGGCUAGGGUUUACCCCUCUUCCUUGUCCAAGAUCAGUGGGACGGUUCUGUCAGAGCUUUUCCAGCUUGUUUACUCUCCCUUGAUGCAAGGGGGAGCCCUGAAUGCCAUUGUGGACUUCUUCCAAGCGUUGGUCGUCACCAAGACUGUCAACUUGAGUUAUGGGGAACUCAUGAAGCAGCUGAUGAGCCCAAUAUAUUCCUCAAGCCCUAGUGGAGCGUCUGCGAAUUUACACAAACAGGCCUAUCAUUCUGUUGCCAAGUGUGUGGCCGCUCUUUCUUCUGUAUGUCCCAAAGAAACCCCUACCGUAGUAAACCAGUUUGUUCAGGAUGUGAAGAACCCCAGGUCUAGCGCUGCUGUGAAAAUGUUGGCCUUCCUUUCUCUGGCCGAAAUCGGACGCACCACGAACCUCAGUGCUCAGAAGGAUCUCAAAGCUGUGAUACUUGAUGCAUUUGCUUCGCCUAGCGAAGAAGUGAAGUCGGCAGCUUCCUACGCUCUGGGGAACAUCAGUGUGGGUAGCCUUAAGGAAUAUCUCCCCUUCAUGCUCAAAGAGAUUGGGGUCCAGCCCAAGCGCCAGUACUUGCUGCUUCACUCCUUGAAGGAAGUCAUCAGCUCCUCCCCGGCGGAGAGCCUGAAGCCCUAUGUGGAGGACAUCUGGGCUUUGCUCUUCAAGCACUGCGAGUGCACUGAGGAAGGGACACGAAAUGUUGUCGCUGAAUGCUUGGGGAAACUGACUGUUGUUAAUCCUUCCCAGUUGCUGCCCCGGCUGAAAAAACAACUGUCUUCAGGUUCCCCAUAUGCUCGAAGCACAGUAGUUACUGCAAUCAAGUUCACAAUUUCAGAUCAACCACAACCCAUUGAUCCUCUUCUGAAAGGAUGCAUAGGUGACUUCUUGAAAACACUCCAGGACCCUGAUUUGAAUGUCCGGCGUGUUGCUUUAGCGAUGUUUAAUUCUGCUGCUCACAACAAACCUUCUCUAAUCCGGGACCAGCUCAGCACAGUCCUACCACACUUAUAUAAUGAAACGAAGAUUAGAAGGGAACUCAUACGAGAGGUAGAAAUGGGGCCAUUCAAACACACAGUAGAUGAUGGCCUUGAUGUGAGGAAAGCCGCCUUUGAGUGCAUGUAUACACUUCUGGAAAGCUGCCUUGACCGCCUAGACAUUUAUGAGUACUUGAACCAUGUUGAAGAUGGCUUGAAAGAUCACUACGAUAUCAGGAUGUUGACUUUCAUUAUGCUGGCUCGUCUGUCAACACUCUGUCCUAAUGCAGUCCUACAAAGAUUAGAGCAGCUUGUUGAGCCCCUGCGAGCAACUUGCUCUACUAAGGUCAAAGCUGGUUCCGUGAAACAGGAAUUCGAGAAGCAAGAUGAACUGAAACGUUCAGCAAUGAGGGCAGUAGCUGCUCUUCUGACCAUCCCUGAUGUAGAUAAAAGUCCAGUGAUGGCUGAAUUUUCUUCCCAGAUCAGAGCCAACCCUGAAAUGUCUUCACUUUUUGAGAGCAUUCAGAAAGAUUCUACUUCAUUAUCUGCCACAGAAUUAAUGGACAUGAGUUAGGACUCCUCCACGCUAUUCCUCCUACAGGUCACUAUGCUAGGAGGGGGGAAGAGCAUACACAAAAGCUGGUUUUCAAUAACCAAUGUCAUUUUUAAAAUGGCAACUGUUUCUAUCGAAAGGCGAUUUCAGACAUGAAAGUGACGACUAGUCCUGUUGAUAUCAGCAGGGCAGCACCAUUUUGAAGCUGUCAAUUACUCCUUUGCUCAAAUACAAUCAUGAAUUUUCUGCCAAGGUAAGCACUGACUCCAGCACAAGCUGGAGUACUGAAAAUGACGAAUUUACUUAUUACACAAAGGCACUGAAGUGACAGCACUACAACAGCAGUUUUAAAAGCAGUGGCAACUGAUGAAAUCCUACUCUACCGAAGAACUAGGCAGUGGGUGUUAAGCUUCCAUAAUUGUCACCUCGGUUAAGUAUUGGCUUUCAUAUGUGUAAUAUUACGCCGACUUCCAUAGUGGCAUUAGAUGAUUUAAAGCUGUUGUGCUGAACUCCUUUUUGAAAUCUUAAUGUCAAACUAUGGAAGUGAAAUGACCCAUGUUGUCUUCCAGAAUUGAAUGCCUUAUGCUUAAUUACUGUAGUUUUUGGCUGCUCCUACAUCCUUUGGAAACAUAGCAGUGUGUUCCUGUAUGCACCUUCUGGCUGGAGUUUACUAAUAUUUUCUUAAAGAGGAGCUGAUACCAAAGCACUGAUUACUUCAAACUAUAAAAAAAAGUUAGCAUGUUUCUCCUAAGAGCCACCCAUUUGGUAUGAAAACAUGUAGUAAUGAAAUGGCACCACCUAGUUAUAUGAAUGCUAUUGUAGUUUUACUCUCAAGUGUGUUGCUCUUUUUACAGUUCAGCAGAGAUAAUGUUGACUUCUUGCAACCAUGGAUUACUAAGCUUCACUUCUGGGUUUAUUCCACUUAAGUCAAAUCCAUGAAUCACUUAAGUGCUCUAUUUAUAAAACUGUGUGUCACUUUUUGUUCUACAUGAAAUGCAUCGCAAGAAAAUAAAAGUUCAUAAAUGUAUCAGCUGCA